AUGCAAUAAAAAAUGAAAAGUAUUAAAAAUUCGUUUGCAUUUAUUUCAAUAUGUGCAUGCCUUUUUGUUCUCGCUUCUGCAACUCAUGAUACUACUUGUGGCCAGUCAUAGCAUCCUGAUGUUAUUAACUACUAAGAUUUUACUUUGUAAUUUGAAGAUCAGUUUAAUAAAAUAGAAAUAAAUACUUAGUAUUGGAAUGUUAGUGAUAAUUUAAUUAGAACUAAUUAACAAUUUUAAAUUUAUACUAAAGAAAAUGUGAAAAUAAAAGAUGAUAACUUGGUUUUAAGCGCACAAUAUAAACCCACGACUUUGGAGCAAAAAAAAUAUGACUAUUCAGGAGGUUAUUUGGACACUACAGGAAGUAUAGGUUUUAAAUUUUAAUAUGGCUAUGCUGAAGCAAGAAUUAAAUUACCUAAAUUAUAAUUCUAGGAUUCAUCUUUUCCAGCAUUCUGGGCUCUUCCUCAUCCUGCUUAUAACUCAAGAUGGCCAUAUUCAGUAGAAGUAGAUAUAAUGGAGUAUUGCAACGUUUGUAGUGGCAGUGAUACAAAUGAUUAUAUCUAUGGCGCAAAUAUUUAUGGCAAUAGAUAAUAAUAUGGAGAUUGUAGAAUUUGGUAUAGAUCUACAAUGAAACAAAUUACAUUCACUGAUUACCACCUUUAUGGAUGGUUUUGGACUGAAAAAGAAAUGACCUUUUAUAUUGAUGGUGUGGCUUAUUAUAGCUAUAUUUUUAAUGAUCCUUCAAACAACAAAAGUAUAGGUUGUCCUGUAGUUAUUCCUGAUAAAGAAUUCAUCUUGAUUUUUGAUUUUGCAGUCAUAGAGAAAUAUGCAAAACCUGAACAUUACAAAGAACCUAAAGAAAUGUAUGUUGAUUAUGUUAAAGUUUAUUCACUUAAUAAAAAAUGA